CAUCUUUAGAUCAACUCUAGUCCGCGAGUAAGCCGCGGUAGAUGUCCACAGACUAAGCUCCUUACUAAAACGAUGUACUAGCAAGCGCAUCGAAUUGGACUGUUGGGUCGUCGCGGGACUGUCAGGACUUGACACGAAUUGAGAUGUCACGAACGCUGCCUCGGUGCAUAAUCGAAACAACAGGCCCCAAUGUCGACGCCUCAAAAGCGUCCAUUUGCAGAGCAUCAGGACGACAAUGAGAAUGAGAAUGAGAACGACAGCGGCAACGGCAACGGCAACGAGGUCUUCAUUUCCGCUCCGAUCCUGGACCGCUCGUCAACCUUUACCGCUCACUUCCACCCACUCACAAGUCCACAGGCAUCCUCCACCGGCCAAACAGCCAAGAGCAAGUCUCUAACAUCCACUGUCAAAGCGUUCCAGACGCAUCCGGAUUUUGCUGCCGCAGACCAUCGCAUGGUCGCAUGGCGCCGGCCCUCCAAUCAACGGACGCUGGGGCUCGGUCCGGCUGCCGCUGGAGUCGGCAAGACAAUAUGCACGACUGGCUCGGACGAUGACGGCGAAAAGUAUGCUGGUAAGCGGCUCGAGCGGGUGUUGAUUGACCUCGACGUCCAAGGAACGAUCGUCGUGGCGCGUUGGUAUGGCGGGAUAUUACUCGGCCCGGUCCGGUUCACGCACAUCGAGAAUGUCGCGAGAGAGGCGAUUGGGAAGUGGAAGGCGAGGCAGAGCCAGGCCGAGGGGCAAGCGAAGCGACAGAAGAUGGCCGGCGGCGGCGAUGAAGAAGCGCAACUUGUGGCCGAACGGACAAGACUUGCACGACAGCUCGCCGAGAGAGAUAAUAGUAUCGUUGUCCUGCGCGGGUUGUUGGCUGAGAAGACGGCCAAACACGAGACAGAUAUGCUACAAGACGGUACACUGGCGAAUCAGGGGACACCAACGCAGGCGACUGCUAGUACUAAUAGUCCGGGGUCGCCGGCCAAGAAGAUGGACUAUAGUGAGAUGCCGUUGCAGAGGUUGCGACAAUUGGAUAAAGCGCGGGAUGCGACCAUCGCGUUUAUCUUGAAGCAGAUUGACAAGGCAGAGGAAGAGGAGAAGGAGAAGGAGCAGAAGAAGGAGAAAGAGAAGAAGAAGAAGCAAGAAGGACCGAACGAAAAGGCAAAAGAUGAGAGCGAGGGAAAGAGAGAACACGAGGCUGACAAUGCCCAAGCACAAGAUGAGGUUUGAGCUUACUUGCUGAGCAGGAGGCAGCGAUGACAAUCGUUCAAUACCAAAGACGAAGUUGGAUCUGGCGGCCUUUAGAGACACCAACAAGUGACCGAACUCCUGGAGAUCAGCAAGGUUCUUCUCGUUCCAGGUGGCCCAUCCCGACCACCGAUGCGAAAUGGAUGCGGAUAGCGACAGCACAUGGAGACAGAUGCUACCUAAUGAUCGACGCGAAAUGGACAUGCAUGGCGACAACGUAUGGAGACAGAUACUAUCUGCCAACAAUGCUGGCAAGUAAAGGCCAGCGUCUUUCGUCAAUCCGAAUACCUCAGACUCUGCUUCGACACCUUCGAGCAAGUCACCUUCUAAGAACCGCGUUGGAUCUGCACUGUAUGGUAUAGUAUGCACCACGGCCACUGCCAGCCAUGAUGUCUGAUAGAACCGCUAAAUCAACCACCAUCAUCUCAUGCCGAGACCGACACAUCGUCUUGCCCACUCACAUACCCUACACUCGCUCUACUACUCGCUGGCGUCAGCGCAUUCUUCUCGGCCUCUUCCUCCUUGAACUUCUCGACGACCAUCUUCCUCGUCAAUUGCUGGUAAUCUGCACCAUCACAAAAUAAUGUCAGCAUGCCAUCCCUUCCGGUUCGGCUAUAUAACA